ACAAAAGAACAACAGUCCAUUUAUCCUCCCCACCUCUCUGCUAAUUUCGCCAUCAGAGCUCGAAUUGAGUUGGCUGGAUCGCCGUACUAGAGUUAAAUCUGGAGAAUAAUCCUCAGGCCACCUGCAAUGAGGGUGUGAAAAAUGGAGAAAAGGUUGGCAAACUUUAUUGCUCUAUCAGAAGAGGCGGUACACCCAGACACGCCGCAGCUACGCCUCGAGCUGAGCGGAUGCAAGAAUCUCUAUCUGACCCUUCCCUACGUAAUCACGUUCACGAUCAACCGCCAGGAUGCCUUCAAGGAGUCCGUCAUCCUUGAAUGGGAACCCCGUGCAAGUUUCGCAAAAUCCGGCUUCGUGCUUCUACAUCACAACGCAGCCAAACUUGAAGCCAUCAGUAUUGAUCGUUCCGAUCUUGACAUGAGCCGAGACAGGCCUCUGGUGCUGGAUGGGCAUAACCCAAAUCUCUGGGAACUUGCCCCACACGGAUCCGUGACAUUCGAAACAACUUUACCAGAAGCAUUCCAGAAGGUACUGGAGCCUGGUCAGACAUACAGCUUACUGUGGCCGGGUGUCGAUAUAUCGACAUGGGACUAUGGCACUGUGCCUGAGCACACCGACCAAAAGCUUACGGAAAAAUCUCCUUCCCUUGUAUUGCCAGGCGGGGCUUUCGUCUCAUUUUCCGCCAGCUUUAAGUCCCAGCCCUGGCCAAUGCGAAGAGUACGAGAAGCUCUAGUUGGAUUCGAAAGGGCGAACCUGGAGGAGCAACAAUGGCGAGCUUUCCCUCCUAAAGACCACAUAGAAUGUGACCCAGACGCUCCAAGCCUUAGCGUUUCCAUCCAAUGCCAAUCUACAUUUUGCCCGGAUAGCGGUUUCGAGGUGAUCGUCAAGGUUACCUACCAAGCAGAGAGUACCGCACGGUCCAUUACUUUUCACACACAUAUCUUUGAACAGGGCGACUACUAUCAACUUGGCCGAUGUUGUGACGGAAUCUGGGAGAACUGCUACCAAGAGGAAGACUACGGCUUUCUGAUAGUCAACGACCCAGACCUCCCAUUGAAUGUCGGUCAGAACGACCAGUUCGCCAGUCUCCAGCCGGGGGAGUCGUGGACGACCUCGCAACGACCAGGAAACUCUUGGGGGGAGUUACCGGAUGACACCGAGGAUGGUGAGGUCAUCAGGUAUGUCUUCACCGGGGGGACUUUGGACUGGUGGGAUUGGGGUUCAAAGGCAGAUCAUGGAGGGACUGUGGUCAAGUUGCCCUGCUUCCAUUUUGGGCCCGUGGUGGAUCCCAGGGAUAAUGAUGGGAGGCCAAAGUUGGAUGUGCCAUCAUCAGGUGCGGUCGAAUUUUCUUUCUCUAAACCUGAGAACCGUGGCGGCUAGAGUGGGGAGAGAAAGGGGAAAUUAUAGCCAUUGAGGGAGACCAGGAUGGUGGAGUGGCGGAGCAGAGGAGACUAGUCCGAUCGCUUAAUAUCUUCCACUCCUAUUAGGUAGAGAGAAGGGAACAUCUAUAGUUCGGAUGCAUCUGAAAAUUAGUUUUGGAAAUCAUUGGGCUAACAUACUGAGAUGUUUACCGUAUCGAUGUGUAGAUAGGGUUCACGAGGUUCAACACAGAAGAGAAUACAGAAGGAGCGACUAGGCGGC